CGUAAAGGUACUCUAAUCUAAGCAAUUUAAAAAUAUCAUUAUCAAAUGCAUUUUAUCUAACUAAAGAUUACGACGCCAUAUUUAUGCUUCGAUAAAUUGCACCUCAUAAUCGAUUUAGAUUCAAUAUGGAACGUAUCGCUGUAGUGACCGGAGGAAACAAAGGCAUUGGUUUAGCCAUUGUCAAAGGACUUUGUAAACAAUUCGAUGGGAUUGUUUAUCUCACUGCCCGUGAUACUCAGCGUGGCUUAAAUGCUGUCAAAGAAUUAGAAGGAGAAGGAUUGAAAGCAAAAUUUCAUCAACUUGACAUUACUGAUGAGAACAGUAUUAAUACUUUUCGCGAUUACUUACAAAAAACACAUAAUGGAUUUGAUAUAUUGAUAAAUAAUGCAGCAAUUGCUUUCAAGACAGAUGCAACUGAUCCUUUUGAAUAUCAAGCAGAAGAAACUCUGAAGGUAAAUUACUUCAGUUUGAGAAAAAUAUGUGAGAAACUUUAUCCAUUACUUAAACCACAUAGUCGCGUUGUACAUUUGUCCAGUAGUGCUGGUCGUUUAAUAAAUAUUCCUGGUGAAUCAAUAAAACAAAAACUAUCUAACCCAAAUCUAACGGAAGAGGAAUUGGAUAACCUUAUGCGUGAAUUUGUUGAAGAGGCAAAAAAGAAUACUCAUUCACAAAAUGGUUGGUCUAAUUCUGCUUAUGCGGUUAGUAAAGUAGGUGUUUCUGCUUUAGCUGUAAUACAUCAAGCUAAAUUUAAUAACGAUCCACGAGAAGAUAUAGCGGUAAAUGCCGUACAUCCUGGUUAUGUGGAUACCGAUAUGACCAGUCAUAAAGGACCUCUUACACCUGAUCAAGGUGCAGUAGCCCCGAUUUAUUGUGCAUUGCUACCAAAUGAUACGGAAAUAAAGGGAAAAUAUAUCUGGUAUGACAAAACUCUAUCAGAUUGGAAAUAGAUUAAUUAACACGUAAUACUGCACAAUUGCAUUGUCAUUCUAAUGUAAGAAAAUAGAGUUAUAUAUAAACAAUAAAAUGCACAUAAACUUUA